CUUGUGCUUACACUCACUUUGACCUUCCUGUGCCAGCCCAAGUCCCACGACGCAGGGCAUCAAACCUUUGGGACUGACGGACAUACCUUUGAAGAUACUAUGGCCUUCGGAUUGACUAUCGGAACACCGCGUGCAACGGCUCUUCAGAACUCGAUCCAAGAUGAACUAAUGAGGCGGGGCUACAGUCAGGAUGCAGACCAGGUCAUGGCGGAAUACAUCACGAUCAUGAUCAUUAACAACAAGACCUCAGAACAAAUCAACUCGGAGUUGUUAGACUUGAUAGGACCAGAUUUAGAAUCGGACUUCGUUGAGUGGCUGUUCGCCGAAGCCGCUAAAGGAGCCCCAGAGUCUGUUGCACCCCCCACCGCUGAAUCACCAACAUCGGUGCAAACGCCCACUGGCGAAUCGGCUCCAUUCGUCGUCGGCGCCAACGAAGGCGGGCGGCGUGCUGUUGGAAAGCCGCGACCCAGUGCACCUCUGUACCAGCAAGCACUAAAUCAAGCCUUCCCCGCCUCCGCCGGGCAAAAGCGCCCUAUGUCCGCACGAUCUCCCUCCCCGGUUCACUUGAACAAGGCGCGGCGUAUGGACCUUCCCACUGGUCCACGCGCGAUGUUCCGGGAUGGACAGGGCGCGGUUCACGGCGGAGGAGGGGGUUCGCGGAGCCUGCUAGAGCGGGUGGGCCCGCCGCGCAAUGGACCUAACUCGCGCGCACAGGACGACGUUCAGAUGCGCAUCGACAACAUCACAGCGAGCUCGCCUGACGCAAAUAUGAUGAUGAUGGGUGGUUUCCCGAUGGCCGGAAUGGACAUGGGCCAGAUGAACGUCACGACGCCUGUGAUGCUCCAGGAGAUGAUGAUGGGCCAGAUGGCGCUGAUGACACAGAUGGCGAGCGCGAUGGGCAUGAUGGGCCAGGGGCAGUACGCGGGCGGUGGUGGGUUCCCGAUGCAGCAGCAAGGCAUGGGCAACGAUAUGGGCUUUGGCGAAAUGCAAGGGCACCAUAUGAAUGAGGGCAUGGCAGGCAGAGGGCGCGGAAGAGGACGGGGAGGCAUGAGAGGCACUGGUCGAGGGAGGGGAGGGGCGCCAGGGCUGCAGGCAGUGUCUCAGCCGACAGAUGUCCCAAUGGAUGGCGUGCAGCCAGCUCCGGCACAGAUAAUCAGCCCCGCGCUAUCUAUGCCUAUACCGACGCCGGCAGCGGCGUUUCCCGCGACAGCUACAGGCACUCCAGCGAUAUACAAUCUUGCGGCUCAAGUGCAUCCUGCCUUCGUCCCACCGGAACGACCACAAUCUCCUACACUCUGCAAGUACGGAGUCAAAUGCACCAAUCCACUCUGUCGGUACUCGCAUCCUUCACCCGUUGCGACUGUCGACAGCGGCGUCGUGACCAGCAAGGAGGCAUGUCAGGAGGGCAAGUAUUGCAAGGACCCGCAUUGCACAAAGAUGCACGUCAGCCCUGCUGUACUCAAAUCCAGUGCCGAACAACUACGGCCAAGUAAAUUCACCUUCGUCGCUCCUCCCGUCACCCAUGGGCAAUCGCAGAUGCCUUGCCGAUAUGGGGCCUCCUGCACGCGUCCAGACUGUAUCUUUCAGCAUCCUGGCCGUCCCCCCCAUCAUGUGCCUCCUUCUUCCACUCCUUGUCGGUAUGGAGCUGCGUGCACGCGCGAAUCAUGUCCCUACCAGCAUCCCAAGGGCCGGGCAGCGUUGCCAUCGACAUUCCACCGUGGGUUGACACCGACGGGACCGAUGGUUAAUGUAUCCACGUCUGGGACAAGAUCAUUUGGCACGCAGGGUUUCAACAAGAGUGUAACUUUCAAUAAGCCUGAUUCCGCGGCAAUCGAAAAGCGCCUGAAAAAGAUGGAGGAGGAGAAGAGCCAGGCAGAGAAGGCGAUCGCGCAGGCGGAGGCCGCCGCCGCAGAAAAGAAAGACGAGGCGAUGGCCGUCGGCGCAUGAAAUGACGCUGCGUCAUCGCUUCGAUGUCUCCGUAUCAAAUGUCUUGAAACGUGCGGAUCAUGCUAACUGUAGAUAGUUGUACUCUCAGUGCUCUGAAUCGUGUGUUUGCUCCUAGUCACGUCGUUUUUCUACUACUUGCGUAUCUAUCCACAGGCAUACGAAGGGGGCAAUGAAAUGUAUAAUAUGCGGCUGUCUGUGCAGACACGACAGCCGGCCCCCCUUCGAUGUGGACUUGCUUCCGCCAGCGUUGUAACAUAUGACGGAGCGUUGGCCCCGUCGAUCCCUAGGUAAGCGGCGACAUCGGAUCAAGGACUCUGAUUUGUCAAAGCGGG